AUGUCUGGGUAUCGGCCAGGCCACGAUCCCAACCCAUACAUCGACUAUGUUCCUCAACCAGAACAACAUCCGGAGGAGCGUGUCUUCGGGCAUGGAGAUAUUCAGCAUACAGCCGGACCAGGCCUUGCCACACCUCAUGGUCAUUACGGAGCGCCAUCGCAUCAACCACAGCAUCACCAGCAGCAGCAACAACAGCAGCAGCCUCAUCCCCAACACCAGCCAUAUCCAGGACCGUUGGCUCCAGAUAUGGCCCACCAUCAAUCUCCUCAAUACGGUGGUGGGCCACCUCAGAUGAUGUUUGCCCCGCCAAGGGCCAUGCAAACACCUACAGGCUCGAAACGGCAGCGAGAUGAAGAUGAAAUGGAGGCGAUGGGGAAUCUACCUGCAAUGGGAGGACCACACAUGGGGGAGAUGUCUAUGCCUCCACACAUGCAACAACCAUCGAUGGUGAAUUUUGGCGAGUCGAUGCACACACCACAGCAAUUUCACGGCCAUGGGCUUCCUCCGUCGCUUCAUCCUUCGAAAAGAGCUCGAGGCGAGGACCCAAACACCGUUAUGCUUUCCCCACCAUCUGGGGGGGCUCCAAGUGUAGUUGGCCAUCCAGGCAUGCCAGAGCCCGCGCUUCGACCAAGGGGUCCAAAACUCAAGUUUACUCCAGAAGAUGAUCAAAAAUUGGUGGACUUGAAGGAGAACAAGAAUCUAACAUGGAAACAAAUUGCGGAAUUUUUUCCGGGCCGAUCUUCUGGAACGUUGCAAGUCCGUUAUUGUACAAAGCUCAAAGCGAAGACAACACAAUGGACUGACGAGACCAUCCAAAAACUGCGGACUGCGCUCCACGACUACGAGCAAGAGAAGUGGCGCAUCAUAGCACAAAAAGUCGGCACAGGAUUUACAUCCGCCGCUUGCAAGGAGAAGGCUAUGGAGUUGGCUCAACCUUUAUAG